AAGAUAUCUGUUAAAAAUGUUAUGUUAAUUUAUUAAUAAGAGAGAUUAAGAUCAUUAUUUUACUUAUUUUAAUUCAUUGUGUAUUGUGAUUUGUAACUUCCGUUUCAUAUUUAAAUUAAACCUUAGUUUGACUGUAGUUGUAGAGCAUGAUGCGAUAGAUGGCGCCACUGGGAAAACUCGACGAUAGCACGUGUCGGUAAAGUGGAACGUAGAGUUCCGGAGUUAACCUCUGGGAGUGGCGCCAUAUCUCGCAUCACUUUUGGUUCAGCCGACAAGCAGAGCAGACGCUAAAUAAAUCAAAGGUGUGUCAGUGAAAGUCAGUGUUUUAUUCCUGGAUCUGCUAUACUUCAGAAGCGGGAUAGCAAAGGUUACGGAGAUGGAAGGACGAAGCAGUCGCGCUCGUAGCCGUACCAUCCGCCAAUUAGCUACGCCCCCUAGAGAGGGUGGACGCGGAAGGUGUAACGGCAGAUCGCGCAGUCCUCCAAGCAGACCCAGAGGAAGACGUGAAGAGGAGCAUCCGGGCACCAGCCACCGGCAGCGACGAAGCUGCGAUCAUGUGGGCCACCACGUAGAUCGCUAUCGCAGUCGAUCGCGCCUUUCUCAUGGUGCUGAUCACAAUGAUCAAACCAGCGAACGUCGAGGAAGCAACCGGCACGACUCCAGGUGCCAUCCACAUCGGCCGUCACGCAGUCGGGAGAGAAGCACCAGGAGUAGAAGAUCGCGCAGCCACUCGAAACGCCCCCGCUUCAAAGAGCAAGUCAGGUCAGAGCAGCCACCAUUAACUAUUAAUGAUUUAAGUGCAAUAAUGAAUUCUAUAGCUUCUUCCAAGCAACCCAGCUAUCAUACUAAUGUCGUGCCAAGCUUUGAUCCGUCAUUACCGAGCCAUCGCAUUGACCUAUGGUUAAAUAAAGUAAAUCAAUGCGCAUAUUUGUAUGGAUGGGAUGAUAAACAAGUAAUUCAUUUUGCUUUACAAAAGUUAGCCGGCAAUGCGAGGACUUGGUACGAUAGCCUACCGACAAUGGUGUUCACGUGGAAGGAGUGGCAAGAUAAAUUGCUGUCAGCUUUUCCAUGGGAGCAAAAUUACGGAAGGUUACUAGAUGACAUGACAAAACGUAAAUAUAGAAUAGGUGAAUCUGUAGAGAAUUAUUAUUAUGAGAAGAUGUCCUUACUUAACCAGUGCCAAAUCACUGGGAGACAUGCUGUUGAUUGCAUUGUAUACGGAUUAACAGAUAGGACUCUUCGUACUACAGCACAAUCUUUAAGAUGUAAAGAACCGGAAGAAUUGCUCGAGUUCUUAACUAGCAGUAAAGAGUUUUACACUUCUUAUAAACAAACGGACUCGCGAAAUAAAACCGAUAAUAACAAUUCAAACAAUAAAACAUCUCAAUUAUGCUUUAAUUGUCACGAAAGAGGCCAUGUUCAUUACAAUUGCAAAAAACCAAUAAUCAAAUGCACAAAAUGCAAUAAAAUCGGUCACAACGCUGAAAAUUGUCGAAGCCAACCGCGCAUUCAGGAAAAUACCAAAAGUACUAUGGCAAUAACUGGUAAAACUAAUAAUAACAAGUAUUAUAAAUCGGUGCUCAUUGAUGACAGGGAAUUCCAGGCAUUUGUCGACCUUGGGAGUGAGGUUACGAUAAUUCAAGCUAGUAAACUAGAACAUUUGAACAAAAACAUAAAUCAUAGCAACAUUAAGUCGAUAAAAUCAUUUGGUAAUAUGAUUAUACCAACGUUAGGGCAAAUAAAUAUUAAAAUUUCUAUUGAUGAUGUUGUGGGUCAAGUUGAUGCCGUUGUUGUGGAUGAUAGUUACUUAAAUGUACCCAUAUUAAUCGGACAAGACUUCACUGAUCAAAAUCAUGUUCUCAUCGUAAAGGAUAGUCAGGCCCUAAAGUUUCACAGCUUACAUACUGAACUGCCAACUUUUACGGAAUCGAAUGUAACGAAACGCGUCUCUCUUUGCUCUACCAAGGACAUCAACGUAUUAAAUCAAUGUUUGAUAGAAGUUAGUACUGAACCAUGUUACACCGGAGAUUUAAUUGUAGAAACUAACGUAAUUGGACAAGAUGGUUCAGAAGUAGUGAUUAAGGGCGGUAUUUAUUCAUUUGACGCGAAUGGAAGAGGGAAUGUUAUCGGAUUUAGAUGUGGUAGUGUAGCAAAUUUGCAAAACGGCACUACUGUUGCACGUGGUCAACCGUUUACGGAAAUACCGAGUUGUUAUCGAAUUGAAAGGGAACUAUGUUGUGAUACCUCAAAUUUACCCAUAGAGCAGAUUAAAAUAGGUAGCGACAUUGCUAUCGAAGACAAAGGACGGUUGGUAACUUUGCUUAACGAUUAUAGGACAUGUUUUGCAAUGAAUCUAAGAGAAUUGGGUUGUUCGAAAGAUACUGAAAUCAAAAUUGAAUUGAAUGACAAUAAACCUGUAGUUUAUAGACCGUAUCGGCUACCAAAUGUUGAAAGACAGGUGGUACGCGAUAUGGUAAAUGAAUUAUUAGAUACAAAAAUUAUACAGGAAUCUACCUCGGACUAUGCCAGCCCAGUUCUUUUGGUAAAGAAAAAAAAUGGUAAAUAUCGGUUGUGCAUCGAUUACCGAUCGUUAAAUAACAAAACCGUUAAGGAACGUUACCCGAUGCCGAUCAUCGACGAACAGAUUAGCAGGUUAGCGGGUCAAAAAUAUUUUAGUGCGCUUGACCUUGCAAGUGGCUACUAUCAAGUGCCAGUAGCUUUAGAGUCUCAACACUUAACUGCGUUUGUGACUCCGGACGGACAAUACGAAUUUAAGCGUAUGCCGUUCGGAUUAGCAAACGCCCCAGCGGUUUUUCAACGAUUAAUUAAUAAAGUGCUAGGGGCAGCUCGUUUCACUGACGCAUUGACGUAUAUGGAUGACGUGCUAAUUCCGUCAGCCACAGUUGACGAAGGAUUAGAUAAGCUGAGAAAAAUAUUAGAUAUUUUUUCAAAAGCCAAUCUAACACUCAAUUUAGAAAAAUGUCUAUUCUUAUCAGAAAAUUUGGACUACUUAGGCUACGAAAUUUCUGUUGCCGGAGUCCGCCCGGGAACAAAAAAGAUCGAAAGCGUACAACAAUUCCCUGAGCCACAAAACCAACAUCAAGUUCGUCAGUUCUACGGCUUAGUUAGCUAUUUCAGGAAAUUUAUCUAUAAUUUCGCGAGUAUAGCUCAGCCCUUGUCUUAUUUACUUAAAAAAGAUGUGCCCUUCAGAUGGCAAGAUGACCAAAAACACGCGUUUGAAUCCCUUAAGGAAAAAUUAAGCUCUAGGCCAAUAUUGUCAAUUUAUGAUCCAAACGCGAAAUACACAGAGGUUCAUACAGAUGCCAGCAAGCAUGGGUUAGCUGGCAUACUGUUGCAAAAGGCCAAUGAUACGGACCAAAUGAGGGUUGUAGCAUAUUACAGUCGUCAAACCUCUCCAGAGGAAAAACAUUUUCACGCAUACGAGCUAGAAACCCUUGCUGUAGUGGACUCCCUCAAAAAGUUUAGAGUUUACCUAUUAGGGACACCAUUUAAGGUGAUCACAGACUGCCGAGCUCUACGCACUACGUUAACGAAACGAGAUUUGAUUCCACGAAUUGCGAGAUGGUGGCUUCAGCUCCAAGAGUUUCAAUACGAAAUAGAGUAUAGGCCGGGCACUAAAAUGUCGCAUGUGGAUGCCCUUAGCAGAAAUUUAACAGAUUCAACUACUGAAAAAGAGAUCUCACUUCACAAUGACUUUUUGCCAAAUGUUAUGCAAAUAGAGGUAGACAAUUGGUUAUUAACGCUGCAACUAGGGGACCACGAGUUGAAUCGUAUUAGAAAAAUUUUGACGGAUAAUGACAGUUUAACCGAAGUGAAAUCCAUUAAACGUGAAUAUGUGAUUAAAAACAAUCAACUAUUUAAAUACGUCGACGAAAAUCGUAAAGAACUUAGGUGGGUAGUGCCUAAAGGGGCAAGAUGGCAGAUAUGUAAGCUUAAUCAUGACGAUAUCGGGCAUUUUGCGUUUGAAAAGACUUACGAACGAAUUAAGAAAACUUAUUGGUUCCCAAAGAUGCGACGGUUCAUUUUCAAAUAUGUUAAAGCUUGUUUGAAUUGUGCGUAUUACAAAGAAGCUGGAAAUUCAAAAGAAGGGCUGUUAAAUCCCAUUGAAAAGGUUCCAACUCCUUUCCAUACGCUACAUAUAGACCAUCUCGGCCCUUUCGUACGCAGUAAAAAUGGUAACGCGUAUUUAUUUGUGAUCGUGGAUUCAUUCACAAAAUAUGUUUUUGUGCGACCGGUAAGAGAUACAAAGACUAAAAAUGUCAUUAAGGUCUUAAAUGAUUUAAUUUAUACAUUCCGCAUACCAAACCGUAUAAUUUGUGAUAGGGGAAGUUGCUUUACAUCACAUCUCUUUCAAGAGUAUUGCAAUGAAAAAAAGAUAAAAUUAAUAUACAAUGCUGUAGCUUGCCCACGGGCGAACGGGCAAGUCGAAAGAUAUAAUCGCACGAUACUAAAAUCAUUAGGCACCCAAACUCAUAACGUGGAUGAUAACGCUUGGGAUGACUUUGUUGGCGUAGUACAAUGGGGGAUAAACAACACAGUCAAUAAAACCAUUCGGAAGACCCCCGCGGAAGUAUUAUUUGGGAUAGAUAUGAACUGUGAAAUGAGCGGGCAAUUUGAUCACAUCUUACAAGUAACUCGUGCUAACAUUGAAAUAGGACAAAUUAGACAGGAAGCUAAUGCAAGCAUAGAAAAACAGCAAAAGAAACAAAAAGAAAAUUAUGAUAGAGGACGUAAGCCUGCGAUCAUUUAUAAGGAAGGCGAUUUAGUAAAAAUUACAAAAAUUAGCCAUGUAAAUGAUGGGAAAAGUAAAAAGUUAAUUGAAAAAUAUAUAGGCCCUUUUAAGGUAGAUAGAGUGCUAGGCAGCGACAGAUAUCGCAUAAGUAACAUAAAGGGAUUCAAAAGUAAGUCUCGUAAGGGUUAUAAAGCUACAGUUGCAGCGGAUCGAAUGAAACCGUGGAUCCACAUAGCUGCUUUAGAUUUAGAGAAAUAAGAAUGUUAUGUUUUGUUGUGUCAGUUUAAGAAUGAAGAAUAAUACCUACAAUAAGAUAAUAAUAGAUUAACAGUUAGCUUUUAAGAUUUAUAUGUAUUACCUAUAUGAAUUUAUAUUUCAUGAUUACUAUGUAUCAGAAAAUAAGUAUGAUUACUUCCCAAGAUAACCAUAGAUUAACAGUUAGCUUUUAAGAUUUAUAUGUAUUACCUAUAAGAAUGUAUAUUUUAUGAUUAUUAUGUAUCAGUAAAUAAGUAUGAUUACUUCCCAAUUAAGUGUUUUAUUUAGAUAGAUCUUACUGGCACACAAAUUGAUUUCAGUUGCUGCGGAUACUGCGGCCUAUUACUGCGGAUACUGCGGACCAUUGCUGCGGACACUGCGGCUAAUUCCUGCGGACACUGCGGGCAUGAGAGGUGCAGACUGCGGCCUCUGCGGUCAAACGCUGCGGACACUGCAGCCACUGCAAGGAAGUGCUGCGGUCACUGCAGCCACACACCCUGCGGUCACUGCAGACUGAUUUGUGUAGCGGAUACUGCUAGGAAAACCUGCAGUUACUGCUUGUAAAUAGUUUU